AAUCAACCGCACAGAAGAAGAAUACAAGAAGAUCUUCCACUCUAUAAACGGGUUGCUGCUUCCAGGAGGAGAUGUAGACAUUCAGACGUCUCAGUUCAGUAGAGCCUCCCGGAUCUUCUACGACUUGGCUCUGAAGGCCAACGAUGCAGGAGACUUCUUCCCCAUCUGGGGAACGUGUCAGGGCUUCCAGCAGCUGACCGUCCUCACGGCCAACAGGAACCUGCUCACCCUCACCGACACCAAGUCUGUGGCUCUGCCUCUCACCUUCACAGCAGCGGCGAACUCCAGCCGUCUGUUCCAGAGUUUUCCUAAAGACCUGAUGCAGUCUCUGUCCGAGGAAAACAUCACAGCCAACUUCCACAGCUGGAGUCUGUCCAUACAGAACUACACUCGAAACUUCAAGCUGAAGAAGUUCUACAGAGUUCUGUCCACCAACAACGACGGGAAGAGAGAGUUCAUCUCCACCAUGGAGGCCAAACAUUACCCGUUUUACGCCGUGCAGUGGCAUCCAGAGAAAACUCCCUUCGAGUGGAUCGAUAAGCCGGGGAUGGUUCACACCACGUCCGCCGUGACCGCCAGCUUCUACACGGCCCGGUUCUUCGUCUCUGAAGCCAUGAAGAGCCAGCAUCAUUUCUCCAACCUGGCGGAGGAAGAACAAGCUCUCAUCUACAACUUCUCCCCGGUGUUCAGAGGGAUCCACGCCGUGUUCGUGCAGAACUAUUACUUUGAUUGACGAAACGUCGUGACGCUGUGAGCGGGACUCGACCAAACUUGAUGGUUUCGUUGACUUUAGUCUCAAACGUCAGAAAUCAGCCGGGCAGCUCGGCUGAUUUGUCGUGAGGAAUGCAGACGGGACGGAGGAAAACACACGAGAGAGAAAAAAAUAAAUAAAAUAAAAUGAUGCAUACAGAGGAAAUAUCAGAUUAAGGUUACAGUGUCUGUGUGACACAUUAACAUCCUUCCUCAGAAAUAUUCUAAAUGAACAGACUCCUCUGCAUUGAGUGCUUUAAGAACCUGAAUCAUCACUUAAUGUAUUUACAGAAAGAGAUUUAUCUUUAAGAAAUGAUUCUGGUUCCACUUCUUGUGUACGAUGAAUAAAAUGAAUCAUGAUUCAAACUGUUGUUGAAAUUGUCUGACCAUGUCAUGGUGUUUUUCUCAGCAUUACUCAUGUAAAGAACGCUGUAACAACAGCAGGACUGUUCCCUACCUCCUCAGAAUUAAAUUAAAUAAAAAGCAUAAACGACAGUGA